ACAGAACGUCCGGUAGCUCCUCCCCUUCCCAACGCCAGGCGCUUCCUGAUUGGCGGAGAUUGCGAGAGCGGACGUGUAUAAAAGGGGGGGAGAGUGCCACCGAGGGUAGCAGUUGAGCAGUGGAGCUUGGGUAACAAUGGCAGCCGCGACGCGGGACCCCAGCACAUACUUCCGGCGCCCUAAAGGCUACGUGAUGCUCCUGAUCGCAGCCGGCAUGGGCUACUACAGCUGGGCUUUCUUUGCACCUGCAUCAAUCCCCUACGACAGUCUGGGACCCCUAGGCACUUUCACAAAAUUUCUGGUGGAAAAGCACAAUGCUCCUUUUAAGAUGGGGUAUUUUAUCAGCUGGGCAAUUCACCUUGGGGAAGCACUUUAUGCUUUGAAGCUAUGCACGAACAAAGGUGUCACAGACAGCAUAACUCGGCUUUUGUGGUUUGUUCAGACAUUUGCAUUUGGAAUGUUUUCUCUUUAUCAUUUGUUGACUUACAAACCUCUAAGGAAAGCCAGUGACGGAUACAAGCAGAAGACAAAGUAGAAACUGUAGUCUGGCACUUUGGCAUCGUUUUGAAGUUGAAGAUGACGGAAAACCUAGAUGUUUAAUGUGUUCAAAAUAUAUUGUGUUUUAACAGGAAAAGCGUGUUUAUGCUUUACUCAUCUACUAUGUUUUUGUAGCUGUGGGGGAAGUGAAGGAAUUCACUAUUACAGUAGAGUCUCACUUAUCCAAGCCUCGCUUAUCCAAGCCUCUGGAUAAUCCAAGCCAUUUUUGUAGUCAAUGUUUUCAAUAUAUUGUGAUAUUUUGGUGCUAAAUUCAUAAAUACAGUAAUUACAACAUAACAUUACUGCGUAUUGAACUACUUUUUCUGUCAAAUUUGUUGUAUAACAUGAAGUUUUGGUGCUUAAUUUGUAAAAUCAUAACCUAAUUUGAUGUUUAAUCGGCUUUUCCUUAACCUCUCCUUAUUAUCCAACAUAUUCGCUUAUCCAAGCUUCUGCCAGCCCGUUUAGCUUGGAUAAGUGAGACUCUACUGUAAUUCUUUUUCUUGAAUUCGAUAAUAGGGAAGAGAGCCUUGACAAUUGGAUUAGGGAAAUCCUGUUUUAACCAAUUGAGACAAAAAAAAACUCUACCAGUAAAGUUUGACAUCUAGAACAAGGAGUCAGUUUCAGCCUGGAAUGUGCAGAUUGUAGACGGAGGUCUCUGUCCCGAUCAAAGGAUUUUUGAUAAUUUCCAAGGAGCCUGAAGACGAGGAAGAAAUGUGGUUCUAGUGGGAAUUUGAAGGGGUCAACAUAUCCAAGAGUGUUGUUUUUAGAAAAAUUGCUUAUACACACACACACACGCACCAGUAUUGUUCAAUUUAAUGAAAUGUUCCUGCUUUGUUCAAAUGAAGAGAUUUGGUAAAAUGUCAAGGGCUAAAAUUAAAUAGGAUAGAAAGAUUAAGAACAAAUAAUAUGAUAAGAUCUUUAUCAAGGGAUUUAAUUUUAACAUAGUAUAAAAGCAUAGAUCACACCUGAUGUUCAGAGCUCUGGAAAUGUUUCAGAAGAACAAGAUGAGCAGCACUCUUUUGGGGAAGGUGGGGGAAAGGACUGUGGGCUGGAGCUUGAACAAUUUCACCAUUCCUGAGGUGCAAGAGAGAAUUUCACUUUCUGAAAUUACGCAUAGUACAUCAUUUCGGAUAACAUUAAAGUGUAAGUUUUGCUAUUCUUUGUAUUGUUAAUAAUGAAAAGGGAGAGGGAACUUUUCUAGCAUUUUGUAUCCAAUGGAUUAUAAUAAACUUAAAAGGUGGGUGAUGAAGGAA